AUGAGACAGUACCUUAUGCAGGGUGUUAACUUUCCAGGCUACUCGUGGGGCACGCCCAGUCGCGACUGGAGGACUCCGGAGCCGCACGGACUGCCCCCACCUAGCUUCGAACCCACGGACACCAGCAUCACGGCGCUCGCUGGGCAGACCGUGUACCUGCCGUGCAGAGUGGCGCACCUCGGUGACAAAGUGGUGUCGUGGAUCCGGUCGCGGGACCUGCACAUCCUGACCUCCGGCGUGCUGACGUACACGUCCGACUCUCGGUUCGAGGUUCUGCACGGCUCCGACCCGGACUCGUGGACGCUGCGGCUGGUGGGCGUCCGGCACGAGGACGGCGGCCGCUACGAGUGCCAGGUCAACACCGACCCCAAGCUCAGCCUGCCCGUGCACCUGCACGUCAGAGAACCAAAUCAAAAUCAAGGUGAUUCUCCGUAUUCAUCUGACACUGGAUGGACAUGGAAGCCGGGUACGCACACAGGCGCGGCAGAGUCCCGCAUCCUGGGCCCCACGGAGCAGGUGGUACGCGAGGGCAGCACCGUCACCUUCACCUGCGAGGCGGCCGCCCUCUCCACGUCUUCUCCGGGCGCCGCGCCGCUCCACUGGCUGCACGACGGCCGUCUCAUCAGUCUCCAGGCGCAGCGCGGCGGCUUCAGCCUGGAGACGGAGCGCGGCCCGACGCUGGUGACGAGCCGGCUGACGGUGGCCGGCGUCACCGAGGCGGACAGCGGCCGCUACACUUGUCGCCCGCCCGGAGCGCGGCCCGCCACUGUCUCCCUCACCGUCAUGCUGGGUGAGCACACAGAAGCGAUGCAGGGCGCCGGGUCCACGUCAACGGCUGUUCGGCUGUGGGGGCAGCCGACGCCUGCGCUUCUGGGCGUCGCCGUUUCCUGCUGGUGGCGCUCCUGGGUGUCAGCCACAGCCUCCUGAGACGUCGAGGUCUUCACCGACGGCCCGCUGAGUCGGCCUGUGACUUGGAGUGGAUGCUCGGCGCUUAGACUGACUUACUGUGAAAGACACUGCUGGUGGAAUACUUUUGCCAGCUAGCCAACACUGACUUCACUGUCUAUGACAGAUCUCUGUCAUGUCCUUUACUUGGCUUCUCGCGUGUGACAUGACUGAAACACGAGCAUCUCAUUUCUUUGCUAUAUUUCUUAAAUGUCCCACAGCAGCCUGAUAACAAUCAUUUGUAACAUGGAAAACAGUUGACUUGCAAUUCUAAAGUGACCAGUGAUUCACCUGCAACAGAAAUUGUUACUACCUUUAAGUGCAGACAAGAUUUGCAUAUUGACAAAAAUGCAUUACGAAAUAAAAACUUUAUUUGAUCCUUUUCAGAAAUA